AUGGCCUCAUCAACAAUAACAUCCACCGCUCCCUCUAGCACAACCUGCAACACCCCAGCGCAGUACGAGCUCCCCGUGCACGACGCCUCGUGCGGAAUCCCCAACGCCAACGACAAGUACAAGGAGUAUUUCGAGAACUGCGCGGCGCCCGCGGCCGUCCGCGAAUACAACCACGAGUGCGCGCUCUGGGCGCCGGCCGUCGAUCAGUCUGUUCAGGAUUUGAUUGAUUGCCUGUACAAGGCCGGUGUUGAGUGGGGGGAUGUCUGGUGCUCCGGGGAUGUGAAUGGGACGGCGACGGGGAGUGGGUAUCCGACUGCGACGAGGACGUCGACUUCGACGAGGGGAAGUGAGACGGGGACGGCGGCACGGACUUCGAGUGCGGAUGGGGCUGAGGAGACGGGUGGGGAGUCUGAUGGGGAUGGAGAGAAUGCAGCUGUUGCUGUAGCCAAGGGUGUGCCGAGGGUUGUUGCGCUGGGGCUGCUGGGGCUUGUUGUUUCGGGUGUUUUUGGGUUUGCUUAGAGGAGUACAUACUACUCGAGGUGGAAAUGCUUGCUUUUUUGCUUUUGUGUUCGUUUGAAUUCCUUGUAUAAUAUCGCUCGACUCGAAUUACUAGUACUGUCCUCCCAAUAAACAUACCAAUGCGC